UCCCUCCUUGCUAUCAUCGGUGACGAGGAUACUGUGACAGGUUUCCUCUUGGCAGGCGUUGGGAACGUUGACUUGAGGAAAAAGACCAACUUCCUCGUAGUGAACGAAAAGACUGCAGUGAAGAAGAUUGAAGAUUCCUUCAAGGAGUACACAAAUCGCGAUGACAUUGCCAUCGUGCUGAUCAAUCAGUUCAUUGCCGACAUGAUCAGGCACCUCAUUGCAAACUACACAAAGCCUGUGCCAGCAAUACUGGAGAUACCGAGCAAGGAGCAUCCAUAUGACCCCAGCAAGGACUCCAUCCUGACGAGGGUGAAGAUCAUGUUUGGCGGAGAC